AUGGCAGAUACUAACAACAAAAAUAAAGAAAGUCUCGAUGAAAAACGUAUUGAGUCAAGACAGGCAUAUCUCCCCAAAAGAGAAUUUCAGAAGUUGCGAGAGUUAAAAGACGAAAUUGAGGAUGAGGCAGAGAUGUUUCAAGACAACGAGUUGACUGCAAAGGAAAAGGAAGACCUUCAACAAAAAGUGGAAAUCUACAAUUUGGCGAAGCAACGAAUUGCAACAGACCAAAUCAACGCACCUCAAUAUGUCAUACCAACAACAAAAGGCGUCGUCGAAAAGCAAAACUUCGACACAAAAGACGACGACACAGAAUGGCUUGAAACCAGGGCAAAAGCCGCAGUCACGGGUAAAACACUUGACGACCGCAAAGGUGACAACUUCAAUGAAUUUGAGAAAAUGCUUGACGAAGAAAAUGUUGACGAUUUCGAACAGAAGAUCCUCCAAAUGCGAGCAGCCGAACUUGACGCGCCUUCCAAACGAACGAAGGUCGACGAGUUAUCUGAAGUCCGGAAGACUCUCCCAGUUUACAAAAAGCGAGACGAGUUUCUUAAAUUACUCCGUUCGCACCAGAUCAUCAUAAUUGCUGGGGAGACAGGUUCUGGGAAAACAACACAACUUCCACAAUAUUUAUUUGAAGAAGGGUAUUGUAAAACAGGAAAAAUAGCAGUAACACAACCAAGACGAGUAGCUGCGAUGAGUGUUGCAAGAAGAGUUGCGGAAGAGGUUGGAUGCCGGCUUGGUGGACUCGUGGGAUAUACUAUUCGAUUCGACGACGUCACUUCCGACCGAACUUUGAUACAAUACAUGACGGACGGAAUGUUACUCCGAGCGUUUUUGAAUGCGCCCGAUUUGAAGGAGUACAGCUGCAUUAUGAUUGACGAAGCGCACGAAAGAACAGUUGCGACGGAUAUUCUGUUUGGGCUUUUAAAAGACGUCGCACGGUUUCGAGAAGAUUUGAAGAUCAUCAUUUCUUCUGCCACCCUCGAAACACAGAAGUUCUCGGAAUACUUUGACAACGCGCCUGUAUUUCUGGUCCCCGGAAGACGAUUUCCAGUCACAAUUGAAUACUUAAAAGAACCUGAACCAGACCCAUUACUCGCUUCAGUUUUAACGACGUUGAAAAUUCAUACAACAAUGCCAAAGGGAGAUGUUCUGAUAUUCUUGACGGGGCAGGAAGAGGUCGAGCAAUGUGUCGAGAUGUUGAAAGAGAGGACCCGCGGUCUUGGGACGAAAAUCGACGAGUUAAUCAUUACCAAAAUAUAUUCGGCGUUGCCAAGCGAUAUCCAAGCACAAAUAUUUGCGCAAACACCACCAAAUGCUCGUAAGGUGGUUGUUGCUACAAAUAUUGCCGAAACAUCAUUAACAGUUGAUGGGAUUGUGUAUGUCAUUGAUUGUGGGUAUUGUAAGAUCAACGAGUAUAACUCACGAACGGGGAUGGAGAGUCUAUUAGUUACACCAAUUAGUAAAGCAUCAGCGGACCAAAGAGCUGGUCGUGCUGGUCGAGUUUCUCCUGGAGUUUGUUAUAGACUUUACACCAAAGAAGCUUUCAUUAAAGAACUUCCUGCAGCAACCCCACCAGAAAUCGUCCGUUCAAAUUUGUCUGCUGUGAUACUGUUGCUCAAAACGCUUGGGAUUGACGAUAUCGUCCACUUCGAUUUCAUGGACCCACCAAGCCCCGAGUCGAUGAUGAGAGCUUUAGAGGAGUUAUAUGGAUUGGGCGCGUUCAACCAAAAUGGUGAAUUGACGCUGCGGGGUCGAAAGAUGGCGGAGUUUCCAAUGGCGCCUUCUCUAGCACGUGUAAUAAUAUCAGCCGAGGGUUUUGGGUGCACUGAGGAAAUAGCAACGAUAUGUGCUAUGCUUCAAGUAUCGGGAGAGUUAUUUUAUCGUCCAAAAGAGAAAGCGCAAUUGGCAGACACUGCUAAAAAGAGUUUUGUUCGAGGCGAAGGUGAUCACAUUACCCUUUUAACAGUGUUUAACAGUUGGAUUGAAGCAGGGAGAAGUGAUGGGUGGUGUCGAGACAAUUUUAUACAAGCACGGGCACUCAACAGAGCUGAAGACAUUCGAGACCAAAUCGUGAAUUUGAUGGAAAGGGUCGACAUUCAACUGAUCAAAGCAAAAGACUACGCAUCGAUUAUUAAAUCCCUCUUGAGCGGAUUUUUUUUCAACACAGCACAACUCACAAAAGAAGGUGUUUACAGGCAAGUCAGACAAAACCGAACAAUAGAAAUCCACCCAAGUUCUGUCCUCUAUGGAAAAUCUCCUCGGUGGAUUCUUUUUUAUGAACUCGUCAUGACUACAAAAGAAUACGUUCGACAAGUUUCUGAAAUUGAUCCGGCGUGGCUUGUUGAGAUCGCGCCACACAUAUUUAAAGAGGCAGACAUGAAAGAGGCAAUUCGAAAAUACAGACUCAAGAAAAAAUAA